CAUGAACAAACAGCUCUUUGUUAACUGAAGUCAGUCCACCUGUCGCCUGCAGGCAUUGUGGGCUGUCUUUCGCACACUCUUAUUCAAGUUCUCUUUCACUUUGUUGGAGUACUCCAACAGCGGAUAUCAAGCAGAGUGAUAUCAAGAUGAGGACCAUUUCCCUGCUUCUGUUGGUUGCCUUAACAGCCCUGCCAGAGUCUCACUGUAGCAACAGAAGGCGUUCCAAACGGGAGCUUUUGGUGCGUUCCAAAAGAAGGUGGGUUUUGUCUACAAUUGAAUUAAAAGAGGAAGACCCUGGACCAUUCCCCAAAGUCAUUUCUCGGAUGUUUAAUAACAUGUCGGGAAACAACCAUGAGUUCCGUAUAAGUGGAAUGGGUGUGGAUGAGGAUCCAAAGAAUGUGUUCAGCAUCAAUCCACAAAACGGGAAGGUUUCUGCUCAUAAACCUAUUGACAGAGAGGAAUACCAAAAACCUUUCCAUAUCAAGUUUGAAAUCUACGACAGCUUGACGAAAGAACCAUUGGACAAGGAACUGGCUUUUGAUAUAGAAAUAAAAGACAUCAAUGACAAUGCACCUACAUUUCUCAAACCUCGAAUGCAAGUAAAUGUGAAGGAAAAUAUAGAAGAAGGGUACUUACCAGUGCAGCUACAGGCCAUGGACAGAGAUCAGGCGAACACGUCUAACUCCAAAAUCACAAUCAGUCUGAUUAAACAAACACCAGAAGAGCCCAAGAUUGAUUUGAAACAGCUUGAUGGCAGAAUGGCCCAACUCAUCUAUGAAGGAUGUUUUGACUAUGAUAAAGUAAAGAAGUAUGAGGUUAUCGUUCAAGCACGUGAUCAUGGAGAAGUGCCCCUUUCCUCCACUGGUUUUGUCACUAUCAAUAUCAUGGACGGAAACACUCAUCAACCAACGUUCAAGGAGAGAAAGUACAAUGGGGUGGUAAAUGAAUCAGCCAUUCAAGAUGUGUUGAGAGUUGCGGUAGAGGACAAAGACACUCCUAAUACUCCUGCUUGGCGUGCGGAAUACUAUUUCAUUAAAGGGAAUGAGGAAGGAAACUAUGAAAUUAAAACUGACCCCAUCACUAAUGAGGGUAUUCUGAGGGUCAUAAAGGGCAAGGAUUAUGAAAAAACUAUUUUGACCAACCUGCAGAUUGGAGUAAGAAAUGAAGAACCCUUCAAGGUUUGUAAAGGUAAAUCAGCUCCUGGAGGAGACACACCUGAUUCAGUCGAGAUCUCAGUCAAAGUGAUUGAUGUCAAUGAUCCACCGGAGUUUAAGAACAGUCCAGCAGAUGUGUACCAGAAGGAAGAGGAAAAGCCAGGAAAGUUGCUGUUCACUCCAGUGGUUGAAGAUGCCGAAUCUGACAAAUUCAGGUUUGAAGUGUGUGAGGAUCCAGCUGGCUGGGUGAGCAUUGACAAGAAAACAGGAAAGGUCACAUCAGUUAAGAAGAUGGACAGAGAGUCUCCCUUUCUUAAUGGCACAAGCAUUUACAAAAUCCUCAUCUGUUCCAUAGACAAUGGUGAGCCUCCAGCCACAGGUACAGGCACCAUCCUGGUGCACUUGGGUGAUAUCAAUGACAAUAAGCCUCAGCUUGUAAACAAAGGUGUCAUUAUGUGUGGAAACAAGAAUAAUAAGGUCAAGGUGACUGCCAAGGAUGAUGACAUCCAUCCUUACAGUGGACCCUUCACCUUCUCCCUGGGGGGUAAUGACGAAACUCUGGAGAAACAAUGGAAACUAGAGCCUGCCUAUGGCAUGGAAGGUGGUCUUGUUAGCCGGAACCCACUUGCUUAUGGUAACUACUCUGUGCCCCUGGUGAUUUUGGACCAACAGAACAUGAUUGGACAGGAUACUUUGGAAGUGAUGGUGUGUGACUGUGAAGAGAAAGACGUUUGCCGUGGCAGAAAGCCGCUCUCAACCAGCCUUGGGGCACCUGGCAUUGGACUGAUCUUUGCAGGACUCCUCCUGUUUUUGUUACUGCUCCUCAUCUUUAUCUGUCAGUGUGGAAAGGAGGAGUUCAAGCACAUGCCCAUGGUGGAAGAGGGCAACCAGACACUCAUCAAGUACAACCAAGAAGGAGGGGGCUCCGAAUGCAAGACUGAGCCAACUGCUGCACCUACAAACAGUGUGGCUGUGACGGAUGGCAUAAGACAGGGCACCGUGAAGAUAGGUCAGAUGUCUUCAGUAAUGGCCCAGGACAUGGGUACAUACAACAGCUCAGGUUUCACCAUGAUGAACUCCAACAUGACCUCACUGGGCAUGCAGCAUCAAAGAGACACUCUCAAAAGCAACAGAGGACAGACCAGGUAUUCUACAUGGACUACAAACAGGACCAGCACCCACCAGGGUGGCUCAUCAAGGUACAGCCGCUCUAUCAGCAUGCGGUCAAAUCAACACAUUGCAGAUCACAUCGACAGGAGACUGUACAUGAUUGAGGGAAACCAUGUAGACCACCCAGAGUACAAACCCCAUGAGUAUGCCUACGAGGGACAGGGCAGCAAAUGCCAGUCAUUGGAUGAGCUGUCACUGAGCAACAUGGGAGAUGAUUUGAACUUUCUGAAUCAUCUGGAGCCAAAGUUCAAUACCUUGGGAGGCAUAUGUCACCAGACAAUUCAAGAUAAAAACAUACAGCUUUAAAGGGAACCGCUGGACUGGGAUUUUUAUAUCAACCAAGUUGGUCUUCGCUCCUAUAGUUUGAGGUUGUGAUUACGGACUGAUUUAACUGGAUCUUUGUAAAAAGGGAUGUACCGUCGCGUUUGGAUUUUGUGCUUAAACUUCUCACAUAAACUGGCUCACACAUUUUUAUAGCCAGAUAUUGUUCUAUAUUGGUAUUUAUCCACAAAACAAGGAUUAUGUAGUAGAGGCUGUUGUUUGCUUGCUUCAGGAUGGAAUUAACGCAUUGUGCAAACUUUUAUGCUCUAGAGACUUUGAAAUGUUCUGUUUUUAUAGUGACUGGGUGCGUUUGCUUUUUUACUUUAGGAGUGAUUUCUGUGGAAAUAUUUCUUAACGUCACUUUUCUAGUGGUUUUCUUUUGUAAAAAAUCCUGGAUAAAGAUCAGCAGAAAUCUGCCUGGUUGAAACUAUUAUUGUUUAACAGUAGCUAAGGAGUAGUAUUGUUCCUACUAAAUGGAGGUACUGUAACUGUUGUUUUUAAUGAUCUAGUGAUACAGUGGUGUGUAAUUGACACUGUCUGUAUGACUAUAUUUCAGCAUUUGCUGUCUUGAACAAGCAUUAUUUUAGAAAACAAAUUGAAAUGUAGGAUUUGGGGUGAUUAUUUUUUUACCUGGAGAGAGGGAAUACGUGUUCAAUUAUUGAAGCAAUUGCAAUAAAAUCAUACCAUACUA